AUGGCGGCCAAGGUCGGUCCCAGUCUCGACGAGGCUCCUCGCGACCAGCAGGCCAUCGCGACUAUCGCGAGCUCGAUUACGGCAAUCGCCCAGACGACCCGGGAGCUCCAGGUCCGAGCCGGGCGUGGCGGACGAGGCGGUAACCGCGGUGGCCAAGGCAGUAACCGCGGUGGCCAAGGCAGUAACCGCGGUGGCCAAGGCAGUAACCGCGGUGGCCAAGGCAGUAACCGCGGUGGCCAAGGUGGUAACCGUGGUGGCGGACGAGGCGGUAACCGCGGUGGCCGGGAAGACCGGGGCCGUAGCGUUACUGCUCGUCCGCGUGAUAACCCGAGUGGCCCCAUGCCGCCACCGCCCCAGCCACAGCCAAGAGCUCUGAUAGAGCCAAGACCGGCUGAGCCAGCGGGUGGCUCGACUGUGUCGCAGACGGGCAAGACGCCCAGAGGUGACCAGCCGAGGCUCAAGAUCCCAGAGAUUCGGAGGACGAAGUGUGGCGCCUGUCAUCAGGAUCAUGACAUCCGCUUCUGCCCCAGGCCCAACACCGAGGACGGGCGGACAAAGAUCUGUCCCGUGUGCGACACUUCAGAGCACGCGUGGUGUGAGUGCAAGCACUACGACCCCGACGAUUUGGCGACGAAGUGGAUGGUCAUCUGGUACAACCGCCGGUGCCUCCCGACCUUGGUCCACGACGACACCCUAAAUGACGUCUUCCUGGGCAAGCUCUACCUGCUCGACGUGGAGAAGUCAAUCGAGGAACGUACCAAGGAUCUCAACGGGAAGGCCGGACCGCUGACUCCCAAGUUUGUCAUGAAGCUCCUGCCACCCAAGCGCGCGGACGAGCGUGCCAAGUGGGCGCUCGAGGACAACGUCCAGAAGCAGCUCGACGCCGGCCGGAAGCUGCCGUGGGAACUCGAGAGAAUCGUCCUCCAGUACAACUUCCAUCGGCCCGACAUGGCGGUCGAGGACGCAGCCACGAAGGAGAUGCAGACCUGGAAGCUGGUCGAGGGCACCAAGACGAAGGUCAUCCCCAAGGCACGCAAGCUGGACUACUUCCGCGAGCUAGACAAGAAGGCGGACGGGGAAAAGGAGCGCCAGGACGAUGCCACGGCCGAGCUAAACUCUGGGAUUUUCGAGACCAUGAGAGAAAUGAACCUCGACGGUGGCCGGAGCAAGGCCAUGACCAGCAAGUCGAGAAGGUCAGGGCGGACUAUCCCCCGGAGCAAGGCGCCAAGUGCCAGGGUAUCAGCAGCUUCUGCGAGAGCCAGCCUCGUGGUAUCGCCACCUCCCAGCCGGGCUUCCCGUCAUCGAGAGGUGGCAGACUCUCCCGGCCAGGUUGGUCAGCCCUCGAGCGCCGCCCCGCAGGAUGAUGUGCCGCCCGAGGAUGAUGCACCUAUGGUCUUUGACGACCAUUCCGGCUUGCCCCCGGGUGAUCAGCGGGCGAGACAGUCCAGCCAGGUAUCAGCGGAUUUCGGGGCCGCUUCACGGCCGGCCAGCGGCGACGAGGCUGCUGAUCCCGCCGCCCAGACGGCAAGCGAAGCUGCCGUCCUGGGGGGUGGUACACAGGCUGAUGGUGCGCAGCCCCCCACCGCUGCCGUCGAGGAGGUCUACACCGGUCCGGCCGAUCUGCGGCCGAUCAUGUCGCAGAUGCUGAUACCGAGGGAACUGUGGCCGAAGGACGAACCGGUCAGGGACAUCAUGGACUACGGCCUCUUGCUGGCGUUGCAGGGAGCACACCCAGCCCUCCUGACGAAUCGUCGCCCUCGACAAUAG